UGAUAUUUUGAUAUUAUCCCCAAUAAUAGCAGGUGAAGAUGGUGGUGUUCCUGCUGGAUUUGCUGUUGGUAGUGGCGAGGCAGAAUCAACAACAAUGGCUGUUGAUCAACCAAUUACAAGUGGUGACUCAUCAAGCCGAAAUGAUGGUUCUUUGGCACAACCAUCGGCUUCAGAAAAUGCAUGUAUAGAUUUUAGUUUAGUUGAUGGGGAUAUUCAAAUGGAAGAAUUAACUGAAGAAGAGCAAAUGGCCCGUGCCAUUGAAAUGUCAAUGCAAAGUAGCGAUGGGAUUGUUGUAUCGGAUGAAGUUAUGAGUUCGGUGUUGCAAUCCUUACCGGGAGUAGAUACCCAUGAUCCCAGAAUUCAGAAUGUUCUUCAGCAGGGAUUUUCAGGAAAUAACAAUAAUCGAAAGGAAAACGAUGGUAAAGAUG